GGCGCAUGCGCGGCUCUGCGGCCACGUGACCGCCGAAGGCGGGGAGGGAGACGGGCGCGCGGCGCUGCGUCUGUGAGGGUGCGGGCUGGCGGCGCGGUGGGAGGGGGAGGAUCCAACAUGGCGUCCAUGCAGAAAAGAUUACAAAAGGAGCUAUUGGCAUUGCAAAAUGAUCCGCCUCCCGGAAUGACUCUAAAUGAAAAGAGCGUACAAAACUCCAUUACACAGUGGAUUGUGGACAUGGAAGGUGCUCCAGGAACGCUAUACGAAGGGGAGAAAUUUCAGCUUCUAUUUAAGUUCAGUAGCCGAUAUCCUUUUGAUUCGCCUCAGGUCAUGUUUACUGGUGACAAUAUUCCUGUUCAUCCCCAUGUUUAUAGCAAUGGUCAUAUCUGUUUGUCCAUUCUAACAGAAGACUGGUCUCCAGCUCUCUCAGUGCAAUCUGUUUGUCUUAGCAUUAUUAGCAUGCUUUCCAGCUGCAAAGAAAAGAGGCGACCUCCAGAUAACUCAUUUUAUGUAAGAACAUGUAACAAGAAUCCAAAGAAAACAAAAUGGUGGUAUCAUGAUGACACAUGUUGAUGCCACCAUUUUGUGAUCCUCGUAGCAGAAGAUAGUCCUACUGAGAAAACGAGCACUUUGAUCAUUCAGUCUUUGAACUUUAACCUUUGACUGGAAGUGACCUAUAGGCAAAGAAGACUACUUCCUUUGACUGCAUUUUUACUAGUGUGCAUUCUGGGCGCAUGUUGAUCGCUGGUUCAGUCCAUGCAACUGACAUGCUUUUAUUAGUCAUACAGUAUUAAUGCAGGUGUCCAGAAAUGUCAGAAUAAUUCCAUUAUUUUUAUUUUAAGCUUUUGGAGAAUUCCAGGUCUUCAUAUAUUGUGCAAUAACACUGAACUCCUUUGCGGUUUUGGUGCAUCCAUUGCCGGCAAUGGACAUUGUACCAGGGAAAGGUUUUUUGCUCCUGCCACAAAAAGAUUGAUGCGUAAUAGAGCUGGGCAAAGUUUCAGAUAUUUGAAUUAUAAGCAAGGGAUCUACCUGUACCUUAAAAGCCACCCCAUUCUUUUGUAUUUGGAUUCUAUGCACUGUGAUCUCAAAACUAGCAGCAUGAGGUAACAUGCUUAGCUGAAGGACUGUAAUAAGAUCAUUGCAUAUUUAUUAAAUUGUUUGUCUGCUGUCAAAUUGUUUUGACAUGGAAGGUUUUUCAAGUGACAUUGGCAGGGAGGUACAAUGUUAUCCCUAUGGUGAAAUAAAACUACUUUUUGUAUAUAGUUAUUCAUAUCUCUGAAGCAAAGGUAUGAGUAAUUUAGGGUAUGAAUGAUUUAAUCAAGAAUUUAUUUUGGAGAUAAGAGAGGAUGGCAGUGAUAUAACUGAACUUGCUGCAGUCCAUAAUUGGGCUUGUAAUUUGUACUUUAGAGCUUUUUCCAAAUAGAUUGCACACUGUUAUUUCCUGCUAGCCAUCAGCAUGAGCCCUACUGCCUACACCAAUAUUUCAUUUAUUUAUGUGUUUGAAAGAAAUCAUAUAACAUUUUUGUUUGCAUUCACUGUUUCUUUUGUUGUUGUAUGUCAUGUUUGAAUGUUAUGAAAUAUUUUGAUUGAAAAGCUGAAAAGUCUGAAGUUAUUUUCAUGUAAAUUAUUUCUUUACCGUGUAAGCAUCAUCUUGUCUUUUAAUCCUGUACUAUAAAAAGAAAAAAAAAUACAUUUUUGACAGAGGCUUAAUGUUUUGACAAAAAAGUGUGGACCUUCUUAUUUAAGUUUAGACUAAAGUAUAUUUUCUUAACUUGCUUGUCCUUCACAACCAUUAUGUUUUGUUUGUUUUGUUUUUCCUCCAGGCUUUUACUUCACCCUUUGCCCCCUCCCCUCCCCCCCCCCCAAAAAAAGAUGAAAAAGCCUAAAACCAGAUUGAUGUAUUUUCUAUGGAGCAACAUUUUAUUGAAAUAAUAGAUAGUUGUUCUCACCACUCUGUAAUAUUUUGAUACUGCAAUUAGGUUAUCUUUUUAGGAAGCACUUUUAUAAACUUAAUACCUUUACACUUAUGCAAAAUUUCUAUGACUUUUAUUUUUACUGUUGCCUUACUGUUGCGAUCAAAAAUAAAGAACCAAGUGGUCAAUAUGUGAAUGUUCAGAUGAAGUGACUACUUGAUUAAAAAAACAAACAGAAAAUCAACAGUGACACAACCCAAACUGAAUAACUACAAAAACAAAAUUGGCUGAUAGUACCGAGUUUUUUAACUGCUGUAUAAUAACUGACAAAUUUUAUAGCCUUGUACAUACUUCUCUGUUAUCUAAUGUUGAAAACAUUUUUAAAAAUGAAGAAGCAUAACUCAGGGUGGAUAGAGUUCAAAUGGAUUUGCUUUGGAGAAGUAUUUUGUACAGCAAUUAUUGAUACUGUCAGUAAAGUGAGGCUACAAUAUACUUCAGGAACUGCUAUUUUUUCUACUGUAUUGAAAAUAUAUCUUGGCCUUUAAAACGCAAUGGUAAAAUCUAGUUUUGAAUAUAAAUUUGGUGUGUAUAUAUACUUUCACAAAGAGCCUUUAAAAUCUAGAAUUCAGAUUCUUUUAAGAGCCAAAAAUAAUCAUUUUAAGCAAAUGAAGUAGUUGUGCUCCUAAUUUCUUAUUUAGAUAAAUUUUAUUGCUUUAAGUUAAUCAAAUCUGUUAUUUUUGGAAAUGUUUCGUAUGAAUGAGCAGUGAUCUGAAUACUUAAUCUGUAUAUUCUUGUUAACUGCUCUCUAUUAUUGAUUGAAAGGAUUGUCACAUCUUUGAGAAUUCAUGUGUUUUCAUACAACUGGUUCACAUAACGGAUCCUUUCAGAUAGUCCACAGUGAAGAGACCUUAUUUUGGUACAAGGUAAUGUGUCUGAAGAAAUGGUUAAAGUGCAUCUUCUCAGAUACUUAAAUCUUUUCAGAUGUUGGAUUGGUGUUCUACAAUACAUGAUUUCAGAGAAGCUUUAUGACAUACUGUAUGUAUUUUGUUGGAGUUGUGUGAUGUAAUGCAAAGCAUUAUGGUUUUUUUUUUAAUCUAUGCUAUCACAUGGACUACAAUGAAGUUAACUAAAUUUAUGCUGCUCUUCAAUGAAAUCCUCUGUAAUAAGAGAAAAAGAAAUCCAACGUAGAUUAGAAUUUACCUCAAGUCUUUUAGUUUACAGUAGAAAUGCAUUCAUUGGUUCUCUUGUAGAUUUAUUGGUAAGUUCUCCUAUAUAGAGAGGGCAAGGACAAGGCUUACAUACCACUCGAGCCCUCAAAUUAAUGCAACUAUUCUGACAAUACAGUGGUGCCCUGGAAGGGGGUUUAAAUUAGAUGAAGGUGGUGCCAUCCUUUCCAUAGGGUGAGCCUGUGUAUGUAACUUUCUUUUGCUCGGAGUUUCUCACAUGAAAUGGUUACAGAAUUGGCUUGAAAUGAUCUUGCUUUUAUUUUGUGUCAAUGUUAAUGUUGUUAAAGACUUUGUUUUUGUGUUUAGUGUCUUUAUACUAUAACACAAUAAAUUCUUGUUUUAAAAUAGA